UAUUAUACAUUGAUACAGUACUUAGCCUACCCUCAGUUUUUAAAUUGUUUCUUCUUUUUUAGACAUGGACUGAAAAAUCAAAUAAAUUCAAAAAUUCUUACUCGUCUGGAGUGCGAAUUUUUGACUUGUUUCUGAGGGGACUGGCCUGCUUGUGCAGUCAAACCCUUUUACUUUUUUGAAUUGACAAAAUAAGAGCAUCAUUGAUUAUCUUCAACUAAAAAGCAAGCAUAAAAAUCAUUGUUGCAGGAGUAUCCCUCACGUCCCUCUCAGCCCACAUUCUGCUCAUCAGUAUUAACCUGUUCACACAAAGGAGCUUAUUGUGUAAUUGUGCUUUCUCUGAUGAAGCAUGCUCCUCCCCUUCUGUCAGACCCCUCCCCUGCUCCCACCUCCCUCAUGAACACCACGGAGGUCCCCCCCUCAUUAUUCAUGAGCUGCUAUCGGCAUCGUCAUGUGCGCUCACACCGAGGAGGGACAGAAGGGGGAGUGUCUCGGUGAACGGUCACAACUCCUGUGCGUGAGCGAGUGUGUGUGAGGCUGACACAGAGGGAGAGAGCAGACAUCCCGGCUGAUGCUUGAACUGCUGCUGCUGCUGAGGCUGCUGCCGCCGCGCAUCUCUCCGCAGGCUCUGCUGUCAGACUCAGCUGGAAGCUUCCAGCGCCUCCGAGCUGGCUCUGGCUCUGACCUGUCUUGAAUGUGGGACUGGGACGCCCCGGAGGAGAUGCUCGCUAAGGAGUGACUGAUGCGAGCCAGCAACUCCGCUGUGAAGGGGUGACCCCCUUGCGCGUGUACCAUCACUACUCAGGGGGGGGACUUUGGACGCCUGGGGACUUUGGACGCCCGGCGUUUCCACGACAACUAUAAUGGGCUGCAAUCUGUGCACUUUACAGAAGCGAGAGGAACACUACAAGCUGCUCUAUGAGAUUGCACAGGUGAACGGGAAGGAGUUGUCCAAGUCCAGCCACGAUGAGGCUGUGGAGGCCUUUCGGGCUGCCAGAGACCCCGUUGUGGUGCAGGUCAUCAGGCGUACCCCCAGCGGCCGCCCACAUGGCCUCCCUCAGGAAAUCCAUGUGGUGGAUGUGUGCACUCAGACCGACAUCACCUUUGAACACAUCAUGGCUCUGGCGAAGCUCCGACCCACGACCCCCCCAGUGCCUGACGUCUGUCCCUUCCUGCUCUCUGACAGCUGUCAUUCACUUCAUACAAUGGAGCAGGAUUACUUUGAGGGGACAGAUUACCUUUCAGGCGUUCCAGGCGAAGGAGACCGGACGGAGGAGUAUGAGUACGAGGAAGUUGAACUUUGCCGACUCAGCAGUCAAGAGAAACUGGGGCUGACUCUUUGCUACAGGACAGAUGAAGAAGAGGACUUGGCCAUUUAUGUCAGUGAGGUCUGUCCAAACAGCAUAGCUGCCAAAGACGGACGGAUCCGAGAAGGGGAUCGCAUUUUACAGAUUAAUGGCCAAGAUGUCAAAGACAGAGAGGAAGCGAUGGCGGCACUCUUCAACGACGAAAGUAGGAACAUCGUCCUCCUAGUUGCCAGACCUGACAUGCAGUUGGAAGAGGCCUGGCUGGACGACGAGCACAGCGAGUUCCUGGAGCAGCUCAAGAUGGAAAUGUUGGAGGAGCAGCAGAGAGAAGAGAUGGAGUUAGCUGCGCUUCAGGAGGAGCAGGAGAACGAGCAGAGAACUGAGGACGACAAGCCCUCCUGUUCCACACUGCCCCCUCCAAUGAAAGACAGAAGAGCGAGUUCAGACAAUAACGUUUUGGCGCAAAUUCAGAGACGCCUGUCCCAGUGCCUCAGAGACAAUCGGAACUCCCGCUGCACCGCCAGCUCCACAAGACUGGAGGAAAAGGAGGAGGAAGAGGAGGACAACGUGGAAACGGAGAGUGACAGUUAUCGGCAACUGCUAGAGCUAAAAUGUCAGAUACGCAACAGCGGCGAGUAUGACCUGUUCUACAGCCGGCGCAGCACCAUCGAGUGCAGCAUGGCGGAGCAGAGCAGCGUCCAGCACGAGCUCCGCAUGCUCAACGAGGAGCUGCGCAGCAUCGAGCUCGAGUGUCAGAACAUCAUGCAGGCUCAUAAGCUUCGGAACAGCCAGGAGUCUCCAGUGAAGGGCCUUUGCGCGCCCUCUCCCAGGAGUCCACACUGUGGAGAGUCCACGAGGGGUAAGCUGGCUGACAACAACGAAAGGCUGGAGAAAUCGGACAAAGACAGCUCCAGUGCCUACAACACCGCGGAGAGCUCAAGGAGCACUCCCCUGGCGAUGGAUCGCUCCCCGGAGCACUCACUCCAGAGAAUGGUGAGCCUCACCAACCAGAGAAACCUCUGCAGUGGACUCGCAGGUCCUUCAGUCAUUACUGCAAGCCGUGCUCCAACAGUGGGGAAGAGCAGCAGCCCCGACCACAGCAACCCUUCAGAGACUGACCAGACGCCUCAGGCUGAAGACGAAAGCAAAAGGAAUGUAACACAGUGUACUUCUCGGAUUCCUUACUUCUCCCCUUCUCACAGUUCCCAGCAAAGGCAGGUGAACAUCCCGGCCCACGCCAGCCAUUACCAGAGCUACAUGCAGCUAAUCCAGCAACACUCAGCCGUGGAAUACGCUCAGAGCCAGCUCAGCCUGCUUAGCAUUUGUAAGGAGCCUCAGCGACCUAUUAAUGAGCCCAAAAUGGAGUGGAAGGUCAAAAUCAGAAGCGACGGCACCCGUUACAUCACCAAGAGGCCUGUAAGAGACAAGAUCCUGAGGGAGCGAGCCUUAAAGAUCAAAGAAGAACGCAGCGGCGGCAUGACUACGGAUGACGACGCCAUGAGUGAAAUGAAGAUGGGGAGGUACUGGAGCAAAGAGGAAAGAAAGCAGCACCUUGUCAGGGCAAAAGAGCAGAGGAGAAGGCGGGAAUUCAUGCAGCGCAGCCGACUGGAAAGCUUGAGGGAAAACCCGCAGAGCAGCAACGAAGGUCGAAAGGAAGUCAGCAUCAUAGAGCUCAGCCACAAGAAGAUGAUGAAGAAGCGCAACAAGAAGAUCUUGGAUAGCUGGAUGACGAUCCAGGAGCUGAUGACUCACGGCGCGAAGGCGCCCGAGGGUGCAAAAGUGAACAACGCCUUCCUUUCAGUCACUACUGUAUAGAGACAACAAACCCUCAUGCAUUCUACCGAUGUGGUACUACAUACUUGCCUCGUUAAAUGUGGCGUUUUUAUGAGGACAAUAUGAAUAUUUUUCACACUUUGUAAUACAAAAAAGCAUUUUGUAAAGACUAUCAGUGGCAUCUCAUGUUUUUUCAAAGAUUUUACACAUCACUCUGGAAGAAAAGCAUUUUUUAUGAAACUAUGACAAUGCAUUUAUUCGUUUUUCAACUCUUUUUUCUGAAACGUGUGAAAUUAUUAUGACCAUUUGGCCGUGAAUGUUUUGGUUUAAUUUUUUUUUUUUUAAUGAAAGAAAACCCAUGUACACCAGCUCUCAAAACCUCAAACUGAUUAAGUGCUUUUUGGGGGCAUUAAAAGGUUGAUGACAUGAUGUUUCACAUCCUUUGCAUUGACAAUAUUUUAAAAAAGGAUAAAAAUGUAACAUUUUAGCAUUUACAUAUUCAUAAAAUGUUCAAAAAUAAAGUUAAUUCAUCCUUUUAGUCACCACGACUUGAGAAAACUGGCUCACAUCAUAUAGUCCAUUUUUUUCAACGAUAUAAUAUGAAAUGAAAGAGGCCUAGCCUCGGCUUCUUAAAGUCCCACACAUCAUAUAGUCAGCAGGAUGGAAGUAGUUCAAGAGAAAUUUGCAGAGUUGUAGACGGGACAACUGAUACAGAGUAAUGUUACAUUCUCACCGGACACGCGGUCUGAGGUCUUGUGGCGCGACUAAUCAGGCACUCAACUUUGGACACGUGACGUUUUCAGUGACUAAAUCAAAGGAUAGAAAAAUAAAUUCAAUAUGGCUGCUCAAUUUGAGGAUUUUCGUCCUGAACUUUGUCGUAAAAAGAGAGGCGGAAAAUUUGCGUCUGGUGUGAAUGCAGCAUUAGCCUGCCCCUACUUCCCAUCAACCAUUUCCUUACCCCGGGCUGCCACGGUUAACGUUACAGAUCCGAUGGCGAGUCUUUAUAUAACUUGCGAGCGGAAAUCCCACUGCAGACGAUCAGGUUCGACCUCUGCGGUCUUACGAAUCCAUUUUGUUUGGUUCAAAUUUUUGCCGCAAGCACUAGCUAAACCGCAGCGAAUAAGGGGAGGGAUUGCUGUACUUCCAAUAUAAAUGGCGGAUUAUCGCGUGAACCUACGUGAGUUAGGAGUUUUAAAAGGUCGGCAGCAGAGCCUGUGGCGGCAGCCAUCCAGUAGCCAAUAUGAGCUGUAGCUAGACCGCUCCCGUAUCGCACCUGAGCUGUAACGCCCUCUCAUGCUAGCUUACAGCUCCUGACAAUCCCCACCUAACAUUAGUGGUGUACAAAAAUGGUGAGCAACAUCAGAGCUAUCCAGCUUUACAUUUUUGAGCCAGAUGUUAGCUUGGACGAAGAAAACGUCCAUGGAUCUAUGUGUCUACAAGUAGAUGCAUGGGAAUGGAGUGGAGCAGGUAGCUUAUGACUUGUCGUUGUAGCUUCUACAUCACAUCUACAAGCUUUUUCCAACAGGAUCUAA